GCUUUAAACGGCAGCUCAGCUACCAACCCCUCUGUAACAAUGGAGCGUGUGGCGAAAGAUAGCAAGCUGAACACCGCAGGCAAGAUGACCUUCCUUUCUCGCACUGAAACAUUUGCAGCCGCCCAUAGACUGAACAGCAAAUCUCUGAAUGAGGAGGAGAAUAGGAAGCUCUUUGGGAAAUGCAAUCAGAGCCACGGGCAUAACUACAAAGUGACAGUGACCAUAUGUGGAAAGAUUGACCCCAUCAGUGGAAUGUUCAUGAAUAUUUACAAGCUUCAGGAAUAUAUGAAGGAAGCCAUUAUGGAUCCGCUCGACCACAAGAACCUUGACCAGGAUGUUGAUUUUUUUGCCAAUGUUGCGAGCACAACAGAGAACUUAGCCGUGUACAUAUGGAACAACCUUGAAAAAAUCCUUCCAGGUGGAUGCCUGCACAAAGUCAAGGUCUAUGAAUCCGACAGAAAUUUUAUCGUAUACAAGGGGGACUAAAAAUCCACAAGGAACAAAGAGGGGGGGUGGCUGGGAGAGUUAUUCUCCCAUAUAUUGUAUUAACACUCAUUGUUGAUUUAAUGUGACAAACCCCUUCUCAGAACAUUUGCAAACUAUUCUGUGUCUACAGUGAAGAGAUGCCUCCAGGGUCUUUUACUGCAGUAUUGCAGCUUUGUUUAAUCUGUUGGUUAAAAAGAUCUGCAAAAGCCAUGUUGUGA